GGGCACCCAAUCUCCACCUGGGCGCUGUGAAUCCGCAAUCAUUCAUCAGUUGAGCGAGUCAGUUAGUCAGUCGUUGCUUUUGCUCUUGGAAUUAUAUGCCAAGCUGCUGCUGCUGCCGAUGCCCACUCCCGUAGUGGCAUCACCGACCUCUCUGAUGCUGUUGCUGCUCUUCUUCUCAGAUUGUGGACUUGAAGUUGUUAUUUCUUUGCUGUUUGGAGGGAAUGGGCGUUGCGAAUGUUCAGGGGGUUGUGAAUUGCUGUCUUUUUUUUCUCUGACUUCAUGGUGGAUCACGUUGCGCGGGGAAUAAGUCGUAAGCUGCCGAAAAGAUAGGAGUGGCAAGUGUAAAGUUGAGGUGAAUCAAGCGUGCUGCUUACCGUGUAGGUGGAUAAACUGGGGGAUCCAGCAUGUAUUUCAAUCGUUGGACCCAUAGUAAGCUACGAGGGUGAAUCACCUGGAUUGGCGUGGUAACAUUGAGAAGAGUAAAUUUCGUGACGUCGGAAUAUGGGUACCACUGAGUAUGAGAAGAAGGAGAAACCGUUGGGACAGCAAUGGACGUUACUAGAUAUUGUCAGCUUCGCAAUGAUGGCCUCGUUGAUUCUUCUUUUCCUUCUCAUCUUCACAUCCCUUGGAGACUCCUUAGCCGCUGGGGGGCAGCAAUAUCUGGAUGCCGCAUUACGAGCUGACCCUACCAGCUCUGGUUUUUGGCAGCAGGUGGAAACCGGUCUUUUAGUUGAAUCCUGUCCCGUUCGACUUGCCGAUAUCAUGCCCUGUCAUGACCCUAAGCGAGCAAGAGCUUUCACAAAGGAGCGUAACCAUUAUAGGGAGCGCCACUGUCCUCCUGCUGAAGAAAGAUUGAGAUGCCUUAUCCCUCCUCCCCCUGACUACCAAAUCCCUGUCAGAUGGCCGGAAAGUCUACAUAGAAUCUGGUUCAAUAAUACGCCACACAACAAGAUAGCGGAGCUUAAAUCAGAUCAAGGCUGGAUGAUACAAGAGGGUGAUUAUUUCGUGUUUCCAGGUGGUGGGACCAUGUUUCCAGAAGGAGCGGAAGGUUACGUGCAGAAGCUGGAAAAGCACAUUCCUUUUGGGACUAGUGCCAUUCGCACUGCGUUGGAUCUAGGCUGCGGGGUGGCUAGCUUUGGAGCUUAUUUGCUUGAUAAGGAGGUUCUUACAAUGUCGGUUGCUCCACGUGAUUCAUAUAAAGCGCAAAUUCAGUUUGCUCUAGAAAGAGGCUUACCAGCAUUCGUUGGCAUGCUCGGGACACAACGUCUUCCCUUUCCUGCCUCAUCAUUUGACCUUAUCCACUGCUCGCGUUGCCGAAUUUCAUUUUCUUCCUUCAAUGGUUCUUACUUUAUUGAGAUGGAUCGGCUAUUGCGACCUGGUGGAUAUUUUGUAUUAUCAGGCCCUCCAGUCAAUUUUGAUGGCAAAGAGAAAGAGUUUGAGGCUCUGCAGGAACUUAUAACUGAAGACAUGUGUUAUGUAAAGGUCACUACUGAAGAUAAAACAGCUGUUUGGGUCAAACCCACGAAUUCCUCAUGUUAUCGUUCUCGUCAAAAACCGACUCCUGCAUUUUGCAAAGAUGACGAUCCUAACAAUGCAUGGAACGUUCAACUGGGCGAUUGUAUUACCCCAGUGCUUGAGACUCAGACUGAUGAGGUACCGCACCAGUUAAGUUGGCGAAAACGCCUAGAAACUGUUUCUACACUUUCAGAAUUGCCAGAUGGUGAUAGGUUUGUGUUUGAUAAGGACACAAGGAGAUGGCGUCGUCGAGUCAGAUACUACAGAGAGACUUUAAAGCUGAAGUUGGGGACUUCACAAUAUCGCAAUGUGAUGGACAUGAAUGCAGUCUACGGAGGCUUUGCAGCCAAUCUGAUGGCCAACAACGACCCUGUAUGGGUGAUGAAUGUAGUGCCAGUGCCUGGACCAAAUACUUUGGGCACUAUCUAUGAUCGAGGGCUUCUUGGAGUCUUUCAUGACUGGUGUGAAGCGUUCUCGACAUAUCCACGAACUUAUGACUUAUUGCACGUAUCUUCCGUAGAGGCGCUCACAACCUCGCAAAAUAGAUGCAGUUUAGCAGAAAUUAUGGUCGAAAUGGACCGGAUCUUGAGACCAAAAGGAACAGUCAUAAUACGGGACACUCCCGCUAUGCUCGCCCGAGUUUCCAAAGUUGCUAAUGGCAUACAAUGGAAUUAUGAGAUUUUCGACGGCGAACCGGGAGCAACAGACCGCAUUUUGAUUGCAACUAAACAGUUUUGGAAGGCUGAGAUCGCGGAGCCACAAUAAUACAAAUAAUGAAGUCAACCGAAUUUUGGGGGUUUUGACUUUUGUAAUUGUUUUGAUCAAAUUAUUCCUUUUCUAGUUGGCGUCAAGAUUGUAUACCUUUUCUUCUUUAGAACUCGGUUGCUUGGAUUUGAUUAACAUUUCUGUUGAAGUGAAUGUGUGUUCUGCACUUCUUCUAUCUAGAAACUUCAGGUUUAUGGCAGGUCUACACGUUAUUUACCUCUAGUUUCACAACUGACGGGAUAUGUCCACCCGGACAGCACAGUGCCACUUGUCAAAGGCGAGGUUUCUUCACAGAAAGAGUAGGUAGUUGAAUGUUGGAUUAAUCAGUCAAUUAGUUGAGAUUCUGUCAAGGUUCAUGUGAAUGCGUCAUUAAACCAAGGACCAUGCCAUGGAAGGGCAUAGGUCAUUGCGAAGUUGUGUGUAUGAAGAGGAUGUCCAUGUAAUAAAAAUGGGUGUUUAUAUAGUAAAAA